AGACAAUCUUUCUUUCUUUGUAAUUGUUUUAUGUACAUAUUUUGUUGUUUUAAGCUCUCAACACAAUGAAGAAAUGAAGCCAAAUUAAGCACUUCAUUUUUACACAUGGAAAGUGAAUGAGACAAGUGCUCUUUACAGCAUGUGUUGAAGCUCUUUUGUCUUAAAGCAAACCAUAGUGCAUCUCUCUCCGUAUCUGCUCGCCAUAGGAAGUAUUUUGAGCUGUUUUUUUGGUGAAAAUAAUUUCACAAAGUUCAAAAAGAAGAAAGUUGUUUUGUGUGGACAGUUUUGUAGGUCCAAGUGUCUCAGUUUUCUGGGUCCGUGAGGACUCAGAUCCUUUAAUAGGCUCUUAAAUUGGUUCUUUUGUGUUUUCAAGAGAUUAAAAAAAUAAGAAUAGGAAAAGGGAGAUGAGUGGGUGUAUUCAUGAAUUUUUCAUCCAUUCAUGAGCUUCUCCUUCUUGGGUUUAUUUUGAUAAGGCUAAUAUAAUAGAAUAUUAGCAGCAAUAAUUUAAAUCACCAUAUUGAGAGUAGAAUACAAGAAAAAUCAUACUUCCAUUUAUUGUCCCUUUCCUUAUUAAAGCUCGUGUUUUGUCUCUUGUUUCAUAACAGGAGAUAGCUUAAUUACUACACUCCUCUAGAGAGGGGACCUUGGCCUCCGAAGAAGUAUGUUUUUCACUCCUGCUAAAAAGUUGAGCAAGAGCUUUUUCUGUGGUUAAUUUUCAAGCUUCAUUACUACUCACAAAUUCCAACCUUGAGUUUCUUGUCUUUGUAGUUUUCUUGAACAAACCCACCUUUUGUAUUCAAGAAUCAAGAUUUAAAGCAUAUGGUUGUUCAGAUACUGAAAAUUCCGUUGUCAAAGUUUCUAAUGUUUAGAAAUGCAGAAGAGAGAUUAAAGCAAGAUCCUUUUUUUUUUCUUUUCUGAUCUGAUAAAAGAGGUGUGCUUUAUCCUUUUGAGCUUAAGAUAUGGCAAAUGAGCUCCGUAACCAAGAGAGACUACCAGACAACCUCAAGAAACAGCUUGCUCUUGCUGUGAGGAGCAUUCAAUGGAGCUACGCAAUCUUCUGGUCAAAUCCAACUGGACAACCAGGGGUUUUGGAGUGGGCUGAUGGGUACUACAAUGGAGAUAUUAAGACACGGAAAACAGUUCAAUCCAUAGAGCUUAAUGCAGAUGAAUUGGGUUUACAGAGAAGUGAGCAAUUGAGAGAACUCUAUGAGUCACUGUCGGCUGGUGAAGCCAAUCCACAAGCGAGGAGACCUUCAGCUGCAUUAUCCCCAGAAGAUCUCACUGAUACGGAGUGGUAUUAUUUGGUUUGCAUGUCCUUUGUAUUCGACAAUGGCCAGGGCUUGCCAGGAACAACAUUAGCAAAUGGUCACCCUACCUGGCUAUGCAACGCUCCUUCUGCAGAUAGCAAAAUAUUCAGCCGCUCUCUGCUAGCUAAGAGUGCAUCAAUUCAGACUGUUGUAUGCUUUCCAUUUAUGAGAGGAGUUGUUGAGCUGGGUGUGUCUGAGCAGGUUUUGGAGGACCCAAGUCUCAUUCAACACAUCAAGACUUCAUUCUUGGAGAUCCCAUACACAGUAACUGCCAAUCAUUCUAGUGCAAAAAGUGACAAAGAGCUUGCCUGUGCCACUUUCAAUCGUGAAAUACAUGACACCAAACCUGUUCCAGUUAUACGAUGUAGAGAACUAGACACACUUUCCCCUGAUGACAAUUCAAAUGAUCAGGCAGCCACAGAUUCUAUUAUGGUUGAAGGGCUAAAUGGAGGAGCUUCCCAAGUGCAAAGUUGGCAGUUCAUGGAUGAUGACUUCAGCAACCGUGUUCAUCAUCCCUUGAAUUCUAGUGACUCUGUAUCUCAAACCAUUGUAGAUCCUGUGAUGCUUGUUCCUUUUCUGAAGGAUGGAAAGGUAAAUGGCCAGAGUCUUCAGGACAUUCAAGACUGCAAUCACAAGAAGCUGACUGCAUUGAACCUUCAAAGCGAUGAUUUGCAUUAUCAAAGUGUUCUCUCGUGUCUCUUAAAGACCUCCCAUCCAUUAAUUCUUGGACCCAAUGUCCAGAAUUGUUAUCAGGAACCGAGCUUUGUCAGUUGGAAGAAAGCAGGAUUGAUGCAUUCUCAAAAAUUGAAAAGUGGAACUCCGCAAAAACUACUAAAGAAGAUACUGUUUGAAGUUCCUCGGAUGCAUGUUGAUGGUUUGCUGGAUUCCCCGGAAUAUAGUAGUGACAAAGUUGUAGGUGGCAGGCCCGAGGCUGAUGAAAUUGGCGCAAGCCAUGUAUUAUCAGAGAGGAGGCGAAGAGAAAAGCUGAAUAAAAGGUUUAUGAUUCUGAAAUCAAUUGUCCCUUCAAUCAGCAAGGUUGAUAAAGUAUCUAUACUAGAUGACACAAUUCAAUACCUUCAAGAGCUUGAAAGAAAGGUUGAAGAGUUGGAAUGUAGGAGGGAGCUUUUAGAGGCAAUAACCAAAAGAAAACCUGAAGAUACUGUGGAGAGGACAUCUGAUAACUGCGGCAGCAAUAAGAUUGGAAAUGGUAAAAAUUCGUUGACAAAUAAGAGGAAGGCUCCUGACAUUGAUGAAAUGGAGCCAGAUACCAACCAUAACAUAUCAAAAGAUGGUUCAGCUGACGAUAUAACUGUCAGCAUGAAUAAAGGGGAUGUUGUAAUCGAGAUCAAGUGUCUUUGGAGGGAGGGAAUAUUGCUCGAGAUAAUGGAUGCAGCGAGCCAUCUCCAUUUAGAUUCUCACUCAGUUCAAUCAUCCAUCAUGGACGGGAUUCUUUCGCUGACUAUCAAAUCAAAGCACAAGGGAUUGAAUGCUGCAUCAGUUGGCACAAUCAAACAUGCCCUUCAAAUGGUUGCUGGGAACUUGUUUUCGAAUCGAUGACUGUAUGAUUAGUAUUCACUGCUUCAGUCGUAAGAUUCUGUGUUGUGGAGGGCUUCAUAGAUCAGAGCUAAUGAACAUAGAAUUUCCUCCACGUAGAGUAGUCCAAUAAACAGAAAAUGCACUUAUUCCGAACAUUUAUGACUAAUAAACAUUUAUGUUUUGUACGUGUAUGGAAUAGUGGAUUACUUGUAAGAUAAGUGGCUUCAAUGAUGUCACAUCAAAGGAUCGAAGGGUGUACAGCCGAGAGAAAUAAAGAUAUGAAAGUAAAGUUUUGAUCCA